AUGGGCUGUAUCCAAUCUAAGAAAAGAGAAAGAAGAUGCACUCAACUAGGCAGCGGGGAUUCCUCUCUGCCUCAUUUGCAGAGGCAUAAGGAGCGUUGUAUUUCACGGGCAGCAGCAGCAGCUGCUGCUGCUGCAGCAGCAGCUGCUGCUGCAGCUGGUGUUGAUGGUGGCGCUGCAUCUGCUGCACCAUCACCUGCACUCAAGCCGACUACUACUACUGCUGCUGCUGCUUCUCCCCCUAGCGGCACAGGCAGCGAGACGCAGCAAGGGCCCCUUGAGUCGUUUGGCUCUCCUGAGGAGACAGUCUUUAGUUGCUAUAGUCCUCCUACAUCUGUACCACAGAGAGAUGCAGCAGCAGUUGCUGCUGCUGCUGCAGCUGCUGCUGCUGCCGCUGCAGUUGCUACUGCAACGGAGGCAGCACCAUUUGUUGCUGCUGAUGCUGCAGCAGAAGGAACAGAGCUAGCAGCAGCAGAAGUGCAGCAGCAGCUAAAAGGAUGGCCUGAGGAAGACGAAGAAGAAGAAACAGACAAAGAAAACGGCAAAGAAGAAACGCAGAAGGAGAUGCAGCAGCAACCGCAGCAGCAGCAGCAGCAUGAGCAGCAGCUGCAAAUAAACAGCCAACAGAACAGCGAUUCUCCAGACCACCUGCAGCUGCAGCAGCAGGAACAGCAGGAACAGCAACAGAAGCAGCAACAAAGACAGAAGCAAAGAGAUAUUAUUAUCCCUAUGCGCAGCAACGACUUCUAUUCUUACCGCCAAGCCUCUCGUGUCUCCUCCCCUAGUACAGUUAAGCAGCAUCAGCAGCACCGGCAGCAGCACCUGCAGCAGCAGCAGCGGCAGCAGCAGCAGCGGCUGUUCCAGCAGCAGCUGCAGCAGCGAGAUAAGAGAGGGCUGUCUGUAGAAACUCUUGCAUGCGUAAGAAGAGGGUUCGAUGCAUGCGUUCUUAGAGACACUAAUGCAGCAGAACAAGAACUACUGUAA